ACGCUAAUGGAAGAAAAUACAUUAUUUUAUAAAAAUAUUUUUUAUUCAAUUUAACUUUUGACAAUUGUGGUCAAUGGCUUCACGUAAAAAUAGUUAUGUGUAGAAAACAUCAGCAAUAAAUGUCAUUCAAAAAUAAUAGAGAUGAUAGGUCUGUAGGUAGAGUAGAAAUCCGGCGGUCCGGAUUUCAAUUCCUAUCUUUGACGGAAACUUUUUUCAGUUAUGUGUGUGUGGAUCUUCGCCCGUUCAGUGUUGAAAUCUAAUCAUUAUUGAUGUCUUUUAAAUUAUAUAAGUUACAGUUUUUAUUUGAAUAUUUUCUCCCUCCAAUUUUAUUUUCUGCUACUUUGUCAAUUCACGAACAAUAAUAAUAGCUUCAGAUUAUUACUUUAUUAGUCAUUUCUGUUAUAUUCUUUUGCUAAAUCUAACUUCUUACUCCCUCUGAGAAAAUCUCGCGCAAAAAAAUCGACUGACAGGAUAGCGAUAACGAAUGCGUAAAAUCGAUUUUAAUUAUCGUAACAAAUCAGACAUGCUAUACAAGUGUACGUUACUAUGGAAAUAAACAAUUUGGCAGUACCAAAACUGUCAAUCACAUUUACGAGUUUUUACAGUGUUAUUCAAAUUUAAAAUUUGGUUUUUUUAUUAAGAUAUACAAUAAUGUAUGAGUUGGAUGUUAUAUGCGAUCGCUCCAAAGAAAAAUUAAUAACAGUGCCUCCAAAUAUUUUAAAGAUGAUCAACUUAAAAAUGCUUUUCUUGGAAGGCAAUUUUAUAACAACAUUGCCGGAUGAUAUAUUCUGGAAGCUGCCGGGUUUGAAAUGGCUGGAUCUGAGAAAUAACAUGUUAGAAUCUAUUCCCCUCAGUAUUGCAUUUCAUAAAUGUUUGGAAAAUAUAUUACUCACAAAUAAUAAUUUGCACAAACUUCCCAAUGAACUGGGAACAGUUAAAAGUUUGAAAGGUCUCCAUAUUACUGAAAAUCCUCUGGUAUACCCAGUGAGAGCAAUACUAGCGGCUGGUACAGAAAUCAUAAAGGAUUUUCUAAGGGAGCAGUAUGAAAUUACACACAUAAAGAAUGAAUCUGGAGAAGAAAGCUCAAUUUCAGACGGAGAUAUCCAGGACACAGAGAGAGUCAUAAGGGUAACCAAUAUAGAAAGUGGAAAUCUUGAUAAACAUUAUCCCAGUUCUUCCAAAAUGUACAACGAAGCGAGAAAAAGUAUGGAUGAAAUCAAGAAAACAAUCUCAGAUGAACAAACUUAUAACCCAGAUCUAAAAGUAAAGCAACUAUUAUCACCUAAUCUUUCUAAAGAUAAAAAAGAUCCAGAAAAAGUUAAAAUAAUCCAUAAAGUUAGCCGAACUGGAUCUACAUUAUAUUUGAAAUCUUAUUUCAAUAAGACAUUAAAGGAUGGCGACAGUAAGAAAUUUAAUAACCUCAAAGAAGGAUGGUUAAAAGAAUUGAGAAAUUUAUUAACCGAUCAAGAGAGAAUAAUACAACAAGAAAGAAAUCUUCAAGCAAUCACUACUUGGCGUUUAAAAAUGAAAUCUGAAGCAAAAAUACAUCCAAAACCAUUCCUGGAAGGUAUCCCACAAGCUCCUUAUGGUACAGACCAGCGUUAUGCCAAGACGUUAUCUCGAGAAGAACUUGCAAAGAAGUUUGAUGAAGAAAGUUAUGUCAGUAGUGAACCUGUUGUUCACUAUUCUCCAGUAGAUAUUCAAAUGAUGAUAACAAACUUAAUGGAACAAUUAAAAGACAUGAAAGUUUCAUUUGAUCCAGUGACACCAGGAUCUGGAGCUGAACAAGCUGAAAAGCAAAUAAAAAUGAUCAUGGAUAUUCAGAAGAAAUUAAUGGAACUUAAAUCCAUUAACGAGAAAACUCUUUGAUUAUGUCACUUUGAAGUUGCUUAUUCUACGAAGAUAAAUUUUGAGUAUGGGAUAAUAAAUAAUACCUAAAUGAUAUGUUCAAUAAUUUACUAAAUUAACUUAAUGUACAGUAUUAUGAAAAUUGAAUAAAUAAUUUUUUUCAAA